GAACCUGCAGAACACAGCUGAUUUGAGGCAGAGUAACUGGUCCAAUGGAGAAACCUCCUGAUUUCAGUGGUGGAGGAGAAGAACACAGCUGUGUAUCUAGGAAGAGUGACUGGUCCAAGGGGAAACCUCCUGAUUUCAGUGGUGGAGGAAAAGAACACAGCUGUGUAUCUAUGAAGAGUGACCGGUCUAUGGGGAAACCUCCUGAUUUGAGUGGUGGAGGAGAAGAACACAGCUGUGUAUCUAUGAAGAGUGACCGGUUUAUGGGGAACCCUCCUGAUUUGAGUGGUGGAGCUGCACCCUCUAACUCAGAGCAGCGCUCAUCAGAAACAGACCUAAACAUACACACUCAGCUGGGAGUUACUGGACCUGUGCAACAGGAUCUUCACCAACCAGCACACAAUGAUCUGCUCAAAGUUAUAGAGAAACACAAAACACGCAUGAAGAAGAAGUACGAGACUUUAUUUGAGGGAAUUAAAUCAGAAGAGAAUAAAACCCUCCUGAACAGGAUUUACACACAGCUCUACAUCAUAGAGGGAGAGACUGAAGGGGUGAAUGAAGAACAUGAGGUGUUACAGAUGGAGAAAACACCCAGGAGACACAUAGAAGAAACUCCAAUCAACUGCUCAGAUAUCUUUAAACCUCUACAAGAUGAUCUCAGACACAAAGAAAGAAAAGAGGAUAAAGAGCUCAGAACUGUGCUGACUAAAGGCAUUGCUGGAAUUGGAAAAACUGUCUCUGUGCAGAAGUUCAUUCUGGACUGGGCUGAGGGAAAAGCCAAUCAAGAUGUAGAUUUCAUGUUUGUGCUUCCAUUCAGGGAGCUGAACUUGAUUGAAGACAAUCAAUACAGUCUUCAUGAACUCCUGUGUGUCUUCCAUCCUCAACUUAAAGACCUGGAUCUGAAGAUCUUUGAGGAGCACAAAGUUGUGUUCAUAUUUGACGGUCUGGAUGAAAGCAGAAUUGCAUUGGACUUCUCAAAUAGUAAGAAAUUAUCUGAUACAACCAUGACAUCAUCAAUUAGUGCGCUGAUGACAAACCUCUUCAGUGGAGAGCUGCUUCCUUCUGCUCGAAUCUGGAUCACCUGCCGACCAGCAGCAGCCCAUAAGAUCCCUCCUGAACAAAUCAGCCGUGUGACAGAAAUCCAGGGGUUUAAUGAUCCACAGAAGGAGGAGUACUUCAGGAAGAGAAUCAGUGACCAAGACCAGGCCCAGAAAAUCAUCUCCCACAUUAAGACCACGAGGAGCGUCCACAUCAUGUGCCACAUCCCCGUCUUCUGCUGGAUCUCAUCCACUGUGCUUCAGGAAAUCGUGAAACAAGGUCACACAGAAAUCCCUAAAACUCUGACUGAAAUGUACUCCCACUUCCUGAUCACUCAGGUAAACAGGAAGAAGGAGAAGUAUGAGGGGAAAGAAGAGACAGACCCAGAGAAACUGCUGGAAUCCAACAGAACCAAUCUUCUGAAACUGGCUGAACUGGCUUUCGAACAGCUGAUGAAGAAGAACGUGAUGUUCUAUGAAGAGGACCUGAGAGAGUGCGGCAUUGACGUCCCUGAAGCCUCUGUGUACUCUGGGGUUUUCACUGAGAUCUUUAGGGAGGAGUGUGUGAUUUACCAGAGGAAGGUCUACAGCUUCGUUCAUCUGAGCUUUCAGGAGUUCCUGGCUGCUGUUUAUCUGAUUCACUGCUACGAGACACAGAACACAAAGGUAUUGAGGCAGUUUGAAGAACUCUCCCGGAAAUACCUUGCUGACCCCUUUGAUGACCCCUAUUAUGCCAGCAGUGACAGUGAAAGUAUUAGUGGCAGCAUUAACAGUGAGAUGUGUUACGAUCACAGUGAGAGUGAGAGCUCUGUGGACAACAGCAACAGUGAGAAAAUCCACUGUAGAGAUCUAAACAAGCAUGUGAGUCUAAAAGAGGUGCUAAUAGGAGCUGUUUGUAAAGCUGUUAAGAGUCAGAAUGCACAUCUGGAUCUUUUUCUCCGUUUCCUGCUGGGCAUCUCACUGGAAUCCAAUCAGAGACUUCUGCAGGGUCUUCUGAAUCAAACACACACACACUUAGAGGAAGUGACAGAGAUCAUCAAGAGUUUAAUCAAAAAAGAAAGUCAACUUUUACACAGAUCACCUUCUACUGAGAGAGUCAUCAAUCUGUUUCUCUGUCUGUCUGAAGUAAAUGAUCAGUCUCUCUCCAGAGAGAUCCAGGAGUAUCUACAAUCAGAGAACCAAUCAGAAAAGUGUCUCUCUUCUGGACAGUGUUCAGUACUAGCCUGCAUGCUCCUGACCUCUGAGGAGGUUCUGGAGGAGCUGGAUCUGAAGAAAUACAACACAUCAGUGGAGGGUUAUAGGAGACUGAUCCCAGCUGUGACUGCCUGCAGAAGAGCUGUAUUUGUUGGCUGUAAUAUCACCAGUUACGUUUGUGAUGCCGUUUCCUCUGUUCUGGAAUCAGUAAACUCCUCUCUGAAAGAGCUGGACCUCAGUGAGAAUGAACUGCGGGAUGAUGGAGUGAUGCUACUCUCUGAAGGACUGAAGAGUUCACACUGUAAACUGGAGAAACUCAGACUGGUUGGCUGUAAUUUUACCGGUUACAGUUGUUCUGACCUUUCCUCUGUUCUGGAAUCAGUAAACCCCUCUCUGAAAGAGCUGGACCUCAGUGAGAAUGAACUGCGGGAUGAUGGAGUGAAGAAGCUCUCUAAAGGACUGAAGAGUUCACACUGUAAACUGGAGAAACUCAGACUGGUUGGCUGUAAUUUUACCAGUUUCAGUUGUUCUGGCCUUUCCUCUGUUCUGGAAUCAGUAAACUCCUCUCUGAAAGAGCUGGACCUCAGUGAGAAUGAACUGCGGGAUUAUGGAGUGAAGAAGCUCUCUGAAGGACUGAAGAGUUCACACUGUAAACUGGAGAAACUCAGAUUAUCUUUUUGUAUGGUUACAGAGGAAGGUUGUUCUUAUCUGGCUUCAGCUCUGGAGUUAAACCCUUUCUAUCUGAGAGAAUUAGAUCUAAGCUACAAUCACCCAGGAGAGUCUGGAGUGAAGCUGCUCUCUGAACUACAGGAGGAUCCACAGUGUAAACUGGAGACACUGAGGGUGAAUCAUGGAGGGGAGAUCAGGCUAAAACCAGGAAUAGUGAAAUAUGCAGAUGCCUGUGAGCUCACUCUGGACCCAAACACAGUGAGCAGAUUCCUGUCUCUGUCUGAUGGGAACAGAGAGGUGAAGCGUGUGGAAGCGGAUCAGCCGUAUCCAGAUCAUCCGGACCGGUUUGAGUGUUGGGAUCAGGAUCAGGUUCUAAGUGCGGAGAGUCUGACUGGACGCUGUUACUGGGAGGUUAAGUGGAGUGGACGGAGGACGCCGGUUAUAGCCGUGUCAUACAGAGGGAUCAGGAGGAAAGUACACAGUGAAGACAGUCUGUUUGGACGAAAUAAUCAGUCCUGGAGUCUGGAGUACUCUAAUAAACGUUACUGUGUUUAUCACAAUAAAGAGAAAAUUUCUGAACUCUACCUUCGAUACUGCACUGAGAGAGUAGGAGUGUAUGUGGACUGGAAGGCUGGUAUUCUGAAAUUCUACAGUAUAUAUCCUGGCAAACACAUAAUGAAGGACUUAUGCACAGUCCAAACCACAUUUACUGAACCACUGUACGCAGGGUUCAGGGUUUCAGAGUUUCAGGGUUCAGUGUGUGUGUGUAAGUUAGAAUAGUCUCUACACAGGAUCUGUGUUUCAUUAACCUGCAUGAGGCGCAAGACUAACAAUCCCAAUCUUUAACUGAACCACAUCACUAUUUAAACAAUUUAAAAGCUCUGCUGGAAGAUCUUUGUUACACGGAGCUGGAAGUUUGGCUCAUACACUUUCCUCAGCAGUUGAUUGGUUGUCCACUCAGCAAUUAAUGAAUUCUCUAAAAACUGUCCUCUCUACCUUUAUCUAUCUUCUUUAGACCUACGUUUAUACCUAUCCGUUGUCUGAAACCUUUACGUUAGCAUUAGCCUUAGCCCUUCGAUUAUUCUGCUGAAACGUAACUCAUUCUCCCUGCUUUGAGGACUCUAAGACCUAAGAGUCUCUCCCCGAGUCACCUUUAAUUUCUACUCAAGUCACUUUUUUGAUCGAGCACUUUUACUUUUACUCAAGUCUACUUUAUACAGCUCUGAUACACACACACACACACACACGCAUAUGAACUAGAAGACUUCUGAGUGAAGUGCUGUAAACCUCUCCUCAGAUAGUCAGCGCAUGCCUGUUCUACACGGUGUGAAGUCGUACACAGGCCAGAAGAGCUUUCCUUCCACUCUUUUGCUCUGUUUCACCUUCUCAAAGACUUUAAGGAAUUUAAGGAUGGUUUGAUACACAUGGAUUGUUUGCAGUGUUCAUGAUGGACACAGAGCUGAGGAACACCAUGAUAAGAACUUGUUGCUCAGACAGGCUGGAGCUGAUCACGUCUUCUGAGCUGGACAAUAAGCUGAUAACUGGACGCUGCUGAUGUAUUCAUACUGAGAGACUCACUCCAACUGUAUUGGAUCCUAUUGAUUUAAGUGUCAUUUGCAUAAAGGUAUAACUGCUCGGAUGAAGUCUGUGUUGGGUUGGGGGAGGAGACGACCAAGGGUCCUCACCCCCUCGACUGGCGUCUAUCUCUCUGUCUCUCUCUCAUCGCGGUAUAAUAGUGAAUUAAGAGAGGGAGGACACGACUAGGAAGAAAUCUAAGUGAAAUUACAUUAAUGGAAAUAUAAAAGAGGUUAAUGAAACAUUACAGGUCAUAUUAGUGUUUAUUGCAACUAAUAAUUCCAUUCUAGUUUCUGUUAAGAAGCAUUUGGAGGAUCAGACAAAAAAACUGAAGAUGGAGAUUUUCUCAUGAUCUGCAGGAGUUCUUCACAUUAUCCAUCUUGUUUCUCCUCUGUUUGCAGCUACUUUAGACAUAUUCUUUAAAAGUAUACAUGUACAUCAUAAUCUAAUCUUAUAUGUUUAUAUGACAGUGAUGACAUGUUAUGAUUGUGACAGUAGAAUAGUAGACUGUCUGUCUGUCUGGUGUGCUCUGGAAUGUAGUUGAUUUUGUAGUUUCUGAUUUUAUAGCCUUUUAUAAAUAUUUGAUGGUGGUGAUGAAUAUGUAUUUGGGAUGCAUUUUGAGCAACCGCAAAAUAUUUGUACAUGUUGUUUAAAACUCACUGUUUGUAGUAGUUAAUAUAUAUUACAAUGUACUCUUUCAUGUGGUAAAGAUAUUAUUCAAUGCAA